CCCGAUCCGGGUCUUUGCUGUCCCCGCUGUCCCCUCCGCCCCGCCACGGUCCCUGCCGCCCCUCCGGACUUCCUGCCGCUCCCUACCAUGCCCUCCGCUCCUUAUCGUCCUCUCUGCCCCACUGGAUCCCUGCUGUCCCACGGGUGCACGGAUACCCCACCGGGAGCUCUGCUGUCCCCUCCGCACCCCGUCCCUGCUGUCCCCUUUGUCUCCCGGUUCCUGCUGUCCCCGCACUCCCCGCCGCGGUCCCGACACCCCACUGGGACCCCGCUGCCACCGGACUGUCCCUCCUGCCUCUCGAGGGUCCCUCGACCCUCCUCCCUUUGGCACCAGCGGGGGUCUCGUUAUCCCACUGGGAGCGCAGCUGUCCCCACUGACCCGCCGGGAUGCCCGCUUUCCUCGGGGGAUGUCCUCUGCCUCCUCGGUCUUCUAUCAUCCCCCGGAGGUCCCGCUACCCCGGACUAUUCCUCCUGAGGGCGAGGGUCCCUCUCGCCUCCUCCCUUCUGCCCCCCCGAGAGUCCCGUUAUUCCACCGGGAUCACUGCUGCCCCUACUGUCCCACCGAAGGUCCCCGUUAUCCCACCGGGAGCACUGCUGUCCCCAUUGCCCCCUCGAGGGUCCCGUUAUCCCACCGGGAGCGCUGCUGCCCCUACUGCCCCACCGAGGGUCCCGUUAUCCCUCUGGGAGCGCUGCUGCCCUUACUGCACCCCCGCGGAGAUCCCCGCUACCCUCGGGUCCCUCCUACCCCACCCCUCGCAAGGACCUGGCUUCUGCCCCACGACACGGGUAGCGGGGGGACACACGGACCCGUCAGCAUGACAGCGUUCCCGGUGUCCUGUGUUAACGUUAGGACCGGCAGCCCCCGGGCUGUCACCACCGGGAGAGACGCGACAAAGCCGCCUCCCCGACGUGAAGUGGGGGACAACCCCGCCAUCACAACCUUUGCCACACCGCACCGCACGCCCAGCCUCCUGCCGGGACCACGCCGGGACCUUCAUCCGCCACCGCCCCGGUCCCCGCCGCGCAGCCUGUCCCCGUCCCGUCGGGGCCCGGCGGGUGCGCUCUCCCGCGCUCGAUGUCUCGGCCGGCGGCUGCUCUGGGCUCGCGCGGGGCUCGCUUGGUGCUGCCUGGCCGCCCCCACGUGCGGCACUGCAAUGGCGGCCCCCGUGAGGGCCGGGAGCGCGGCCCCGGUGCCCGCCAGAGCCCGAGCCCCCGUGCGACACGUGGCACAGCAGAUCCCCGAGGAGAUCCUUGGAAACUCGGAGCUGCAGGAGGCAGCAAAGGCCCUGCCCCCAAACUACAACUUCGAGAUCCCCAAGACCAUCUGGCGGAUCCGACAGGCUCGGGCCAGGAAGGUGGCCCUGCAGAUGCCGGAAGGGCUCCUCAUGUUCGCCUGCACCAUCGUGGACAUCGUUGAGCGGUUCACGGACGCAGAGGCCGUGGUGAUGGGUGAUGUGACCUACGGCGCAUGCUGCGUGGACGACUACACGGCCCGGGCCUUGGGCGCUGACUUCUUGGUGCACUAUGGACACAGCUGCCUAAUUCCCAUCAACUCCACUCAGGGGCUGAAGAUGCUCUAUGUGUUUGUGGACAUAAAGAUCGAUGCAUCUCAUUUCCUUGAGACCAUUCGCUUCAACUUCGUGGCAGGUGCCUCCCUGGCCCUCGUCAGCACCAUCCAGUUUGUCUCCACGCUGCAGGCAGCGUCACAGGAGCUGCGCUCCCAGUACAAGGUGUGUGUGCCCCAGUGUAAGCCACUGUCCCCAGGAGAGAUCCUGGGCUGCACAUCGCCCCGGCUCGCCAAGGACACAGAUGCCAUUGUGUAUUUGGGCGACGGGCGCUUCCACCUGGAGUCCAUCAUGAUUGCCAACCCGGGGAUACCUGCAUACAGGUAUGACCCCUACAGCAAGGUGUUCUCCCAGGAGCACUACAGCCACGAGCGCAUGCACCGCGCUCGGCAGGACGCCAUCCGCGCUGCCACCACUGCCCGCUGCUGGGGGCUCAUCCUGGGCACACUGGGGCGUCAGGGCUCCCCCAAAAUCCUGCAGCACCUGGAGUCACGUCUCCGUGCCCUGGGCCGGCCCUACGUGCGGGUGCUGCUGUCUGAGAUCUUCCCCAGCAAGUUGCAGCUCUUCCCAGAUGUGGAUGCGUGGGUGCAGGUAGCCUGUCCCCGGCUCUCCAUUGACUGGGGAGAAGCCUUCAGCAAGCCCCUGCUGACACCCUACGAGGCUGCGGUGGCUCUCCAGGACAUCGAAUGGCAGCAGCCUUAUCCCAUGGACUUCUACGCCAGCCAGUCCCUGGGGCCGUGGACGGCGAACCACGGCGGCACACAGCCCCCGCGCCGCGGGCGGCCAGCACAGGGGAAGCCACCCGCGCCCCCUGCCCCGCCGGAGGGUGGGGGGAAUCCAAGCACCGGGGACCCCGCAGCCUCGUGAGGGCAGCCUGCACCCGGUCCUGCAGCCGCCGC